AUGAAGCUCUGGUCCACGCUACUCCUCUCUAUCUCGGCCAUUUCCGGCGUUCUCGCCGCGAAACCCGCGCAAGACACAUUCCAAAAAUACCAGUCCCUCUCUCGCUCGGGACCAGUUGAUUUGGACAAUGCCGCCUACGAGGAGCUGACGAAUGCCCCUCGAGACUACUAUACGGCUGUCAUUUUGACGGCCAUGGAUGCUCGUUAUGGCUGCGCCAUGUGUCGUGAAUUUGAUCCCGAAUGGAAUCUAAUUGCCAAGAGCUGGAACAAGGGCAACAAGCCGGAUGAUUUAAAGCUCGUCUUCGGAACUCUCGACUUCGAUCAGGGCAAGGCUGUCUUCCAAAAGCUCAUGCUCCAAACCGCCCCCGUCAUCCUUCUCUUCCCUCCUACCGUUGGACCUUUCGCCAAGUUGGAAGCCGAGCCCGCCAGAUUUGACUUUACUGGGCCAAUCUCUGCCGACCAGCUCUAUGCAUGGAUCAAUCGUCACCUGCCUGAUGGCCCCAAGCCUCAGUUGAUUCGACCAGUCAACUAUAUGCGCAUUGUCUCGGCGGUUACCAUUCUCCUGGGUGCCAUCACUCUCUUCACAGUGCUCUCGCCCUACCUGCUGCCCAUCAUCCAGAAUCGCAACCUCUGGGCCGCCUUCAGCUUGAUCGCCAUUCUUCUAUUCACUAGUGGUCAGAUGUUUAAUCAUAUUCGGAAGGUUCCUUACGUGGCCGGAGAUGGCAAUGGUGGCAUCAGCUACUUUGCCGGUGGGUUCCAAAACCAGUUUGGCUUGGAGACUCAGAUUGUGGCUGCCAUCUAUGCUGUUCUCUCAUUCGCAACAAUCGCUCUUGCAUUGAAGGUCCCCCGCAUGGAGGAUGUCAAGGGACAGCAAUUGGCUGUUUUGAUCUGGUGCGGUGUCCUAUUUGGCACCUAUAGCUUCCUGCUCAGCGUGUUCAAGACCAAGAAUGGUGGCUACCCAUUCUACCUCCCACCAUUCUAA